GCAGGCCCGGGCCUUCUCUCCGCCCGGGCCCGGCGCGCCCGGCCUCGGCGGCCGCCGCCGCCCGGCGGGGGCCAUGGGCAGCACGAUCAACUCAUACCUAGAAUUUUCUGAGUCUAUGAAGCACCUUAGCAAUCUCUUUCACUCUUACUAGAAGGUGAGGUGUCACAGAAAAGCUUCACACUUUCGUUGUUACAAGAAUUAAUCAGCAUCUGGAAAAGGCAGUGGAUUGUUGACCUUCUGCUGAGUGGAUGGCAGCACCAUUAAAAAUCAGAGGAAAGAUCUGCCCAGGUCUGAAUGCCUGUGUGUGCGAGGAGGCUGGGGAAGUCCCUGUUGUUUUCUGACAUUGUCUGAUGAAUGUAUUUGUCACUUCAUAAUUCCCGGAAUUUGGCACAUUAUGAGCCUGGGGUGAAGCAGAGAGCAGCUAAGAGGCUACUGCUCGUCACUGUCAGAUCACAACAAUGGGUGUGUGGAAGGAUGUUAAGAUUAUAAAUUCUAAACACUCCAGAAGAUCAAGAUAUUUUAUUUAUGUCUGCAGGUCACAAAGGGAGAAACAAAAUGGUCUCUUCCUUCCUGGAAAUUCAGCAGAGAAUUAGUGUUUCCGGGCUGCUGGAUCUCUUCUGUAUUAAUGGAUGAUAUUUGAUAUGUGCCCUGUAAAUCCUGCGCUGGGACUCUGUGACCGGUGGGGUGCCUGAUGCCUGUAAUCCCCAUUCCCCGUCGGGUCCGUUCUUUUCACGGCCCCCACACGACCUGCCUGCAUUCGGCCUGUGGCCCGGUAAGAACCACUCACUUGGUGCGCACCAAGUACAACAAUUUUGACAUCUAUCUCAAAUCCCGAUGGAUGUAUGGAUUCAUUCGUUUCCUGCUGUACUUCAGCUGCAGCCUGUUUACCUCCAUCCUCUGGGUGGCACUCUCUAUCUUGUUUUGCCUUCAGUACCUUGGCAUCCGGAUCUUUCUGCGUUUCCAGUACAAACUCUCCAUCAUCCUCCUCUUACUGGGGCGAAGGCGUGUAGACUUCAGCCUCAUGAAUGAACUGCUCAUCUAUGGAAUUCAUGUGACCAUGCUGCUAGUGGGGGGACUGGGAUGGUGUUUCAUGGUAUUUGUGGAUAUGUAAAUAAAACAAGCACACGUGGGCGGAGAAGGUGAUUCUUCUAUCCCAAAAUGUGUGAAUAUCCUCUUUUCCCUUUUUAUAUAAAUUAAUUUAUUUAUCAGUGCUACUUUUUAUUGAUAAAUUAAUGUACAUGUCUCUGGAAUUUGUAUUUUUUGAGGGUUGCAGUGCCAUUUUGAUUAUCAAAGUGCAACACCUGAUUAGGUGCUUUGUUUUCUUUGCGCAGUGAAACUUAAUAUAAAUUUCAUUUAGUCCUUAGGAGCCUACCUUGCUGCUGCUCCUGUAUUCUUGUGGGCAUGAAAAAGGCAGUGAUUUAUCUGGAGGUUAGCACCCAGAUAAGUUUGUACCCCACCCUCUUAAUCCAUCCUCAUUCUCUUUCUAAUAAUGUUCCUUGAUGUCGUAGGCAUGUAGUAUGUAUCCCACUUCCCAGUGCCACUCCUUCUCUAUACAGUUUGCAUAUCCUCUACUAAGAAUAUGGGGCCAAAUUCAACCACUUUUUUUUUCCUUAGGUUUGUGCAAGUGCAUUCUACCCGCUAUAUUGUUUUGUUCACUCUGACAUGACUAUAUAGCUUUGAAUGGCUUUGUCCUUUUCAGGCAGUUAAUGCUGAGUAACUGAAUCUUGCCCUAACAGAACAAAUCCAUUGGAGUGAUAGGAGCAGAGUUCAAUAUCAUGUGCUCCUGAAAUUCCCAGUCAUAGCAAAUAAGUUAUCUUUUCCCAGUGAUUAUGGGGAACCCAUUACAGUGUUCUGUAAUGUGUAGAUCUUGGCAUUUGGUUUUGACUGAAUUAUUCACUGAAUUGAUUUGUUCUUAUUUUCUUGGAGUUACUUUUGUCUUGCUGGACUAUUAUGAGAUGAGACCCUCUUGCCUAAAAGAGCUUGAAAGCAGAGCAAAAUCUGAAAUGGCAAUGUAUAUUCUCUGUGGUUAUUAAAUAAAUAAGUAAAGCCA